AUGCCUUCAACAGCCCACCUCCGCCCCGCUAGGACAGCUCUCCAACAGCUCUCCAGAGCCUCAAAACGAAACUACUCUUCACCCGCAACACCAGUCAUCUCUCCCUUUGCACCCCGCCAUUUACUCUCCAUCGCAGACCUCACAUCCACCGAACUCACAACUCUAGUGCGCAAUGCCUCCUCCCACAAGACCGAAAUCAAAUCUGGCUCCGUCCCCAAGAAUCUUCUUGGUGCCCUUUCAGGCAAAACGGUCGCAAUGAUGUUCAACAAACGGAGCACACGAACCCGUGUCUCAACGGAGGCAGCAGUAGCAACAAUGGGUGGCCACGCCAUGUUCUUGGGGAAGGACGACAUCCAGCUCGGCGUCAAUGAGUCCCUUUAUGACACUUCGCUCAUCAUCUCCUCCAUGACCUCUUGCAUGGUAGCACGCGUGGGCGACCACUCUGAAGUUGCAGACCUGGCCAAGCAUUCCUCUGUACCCGUCAUUAACGCUCUGUCUAACGAUUAUCACCCCCUCCAAACCAUUGCGGACUUCUUGACUAUCCAUGAAGCGUUUCCUUCCUCCUCCCGCAGUUUGGGAAAUACACCAGGUUUGGGAUUGGAAGGGCUGAAGAUUGCUUGGGUAGGAGACUCGAACAAUGUGCUGUUCGACCUUGCAAUCGGUGCCUUGAAGCUCGGUGUCAAUAUCUCAGUUGCCUCCCCCAAAGGCUUCACCAUCCCUCCCGCUAUGUUAGAUAUCAUCAACUCCUCCACCUCAGGUGUAUCUUCCCCGGGCAAACUCACACAAACACACGUACCGGAGGAAGCAAUCAAGGAUGCGGAUAUUCUGGUUACGGACACAUGGGUGAGCAUGGGGCAGGAAGCCGAGAAAGUAGAGCGGAUGAGGGCGUUCGAAGGAUACCAGAUUACGAAUAAGUUGGCGAAGAGGGGAGGUGCGAAGGAGGGAUGGAAGUUCAUGCAUUGCUUGCCAAGGCACCCUGAGGAGGUUGCCGAUGAGGUGUUCUAUGGCCCAAGAAGCUUGGUGUUCCAGGAGGGAGAGAACAGGCUUUGGGCUGCUAUUUCUGCAUUGGAAGGAUUCGUCGUCAAUAAGGGAAAGAUCGUAUGA